GCGCCGCGGAGGCCGCGGUCCGCGCGUCGGGGGUCGGCGUGUCCGGGCGGCUGUCGGGGUGGGCGGCACGGCGGCACCAUGGUCGAGGAGGUUCAGAAGCAUUCUGUGCACACUCUUGUGUUCAGAUCAUUGAAGAGGACCCAUGACAUGUUUGUAGCUGAUAAUGGGAAACCUGUGCCUUUGGAUGAAGAGAGUCACAAGCGAAAAAUGGCAAUCAAACUCCGUAAUGAGUACGGUCCUGUGUUACAUAUGCCUACUUCAAAAGAGAAUCUUAAAGAGAAGGGUGCUCAGAAUGCAGCGGAUUCCUAUGGACAUAAGCAGUAUCCUGCCAAUCAAGGACAAGAAGUCGAAUAUUUGGUGACAGGUACACAUCCUUAUCCACCAGGACCUGGGGUUGCUCUGACAGCUGACACUAAGAUCCAAAGAAUGCCAAGUGAAUCCGCUGCGCAGUCCUUAGCUGUGGCCUUGCCUUCUUCCCAGGCCAGGGUUGAUGCAAAUCGUACUGCACCUGGGGCCUCUGACCGUUCACAGCCUACAGUGAUGAAUUCAAUGCUUAUGGAGUCUGGCAGUACCAAGAACUCUGCACUGAUGGCUAAAAAAGCCCCUACGAUGCCCAAGCCCCAGUGGCACCCACCAUGGAAACUCUACAGGGUCAUCAGUGGGCAUCUUGGCUGGGUUCGAUGUAUUGCUGUGGAGCCUGGAAAUCAGUGGUUCGUCACUGGAUCUGCUGACAGAACUAUAAAGAUCUGGGACUUGGCUAGUGGCAAACUGAAGCUGUCAUUGACUGGGCACAUCAGCACAGUGCGGGGUGUGAUAGUGAGCACCCGGAGCCCUUAUCUCUUCUCUUGUGGAGAAGACAAGCAAGUCAAAUGCUGGGACCUUGAAUAUAAUAAGGUUAUCCGGCACUAUCACGGGCACCUGAGUGCAGUGUAUGGCUUAGAUUUGCACCCGACAAUUGACGUGCUGGUCACCUGUAGUCGAGACUCAACGGCUCGGAUUUGGGAUGUGAGAACGAAAGCGAGUGUACACACAUUAUCUGGUCAUACCAAUGCAGUGGCUACAGUGAGGUGUCAGGCUGCAGAACCCCAAAUUAUUACUGGAAGCCAUGACACCACAAUACGAUUGUGGGAUCUGGUGGCUGGCAAGACAAGAGUGACAUUAACAAACCAUAAGAAAUCAGUGAGGGCUGUGGUUUUACACCCACGACAUUACACAUUUGCAUCUGGUUCUCCAGAUAAUAUAAAGCAGUGGAAAUUCCCUGAUGGAAGUUUUAUCCAAAAUCUUUCUGGUCAUAAUGCCAUUAUUAACACAUUGACUGUAAAUUCUGAUGGAGUGCUUGUAUCUGGAGCUGACAAUGGCACUAUGCAUCUUUGGGAUUGGAGAACAGGCUACAAUUUCCAGAGAGUCCAUGCAGCUGUGCAGCCUGGCUCAUUGGACAGUGAAUCAGGAAUAUUUGCUUGUGCUUUUGACCAAUCAGAAAGUCGAUUACUGACAGCAGAAGCUGAUAAAACCAUUAAAGUGUACAGAGAAGAUGAAACAGCGACCGAAGAAACCCAUCCAGUCAACUGGAAACCAGAGAUUAUCAAGCGAAAGAGAUUUUAGUGUGACAUUGUAUACAGGAUGGUUCCUUUUUCUUUUUUUUUAAGCUUGGCAUUGAUGAGAAUAUCCAGUCAUUUUGUGUUGUGGCUAGGAAUAUGAAACUGAAACUCAACUUGCUAGAAUCGUGGCUGCUUUUUGUUGUACAAUAAACUGUCCCUGCCCCCACUGUGUUUUUAUUUCUGAAAUAAACGAUUUGUAACCUUA